AUGUUUGCUUUGAGGUUCCGCCAAGAACUGGCAGAGUUCUUGGGAUUUCGACUCUCAGUUGAUGGAGAGACUGUAAAUGGCAGUGUUUACACUGUAAAUGGCAGUGAAUACACUGUGAAUGGCAGUGAAUACACUGUGAAUGGCAGUGAUUACACUGUGAAUGGCAGUGAUUACACUAAUUACAUAGAACGAAACGCCUAUAUCAAAAAAACCGAUAUACCGAUCUUCUCGGAUUUUGUACUUAAAAAUUCAACUAGUUUAAUGGCCUGGUCUAAAGACAAAGUUCACAUGGAUGCCAAACAAUUGUACUCUUUGUGGAGAAACAGAUUCGCUCUAAGUUUAAGAUCCGAGAAUAAACUCCAGCUCAUUUGUGAAAGCAAGAACCAUUUUGAGAAGGAGCUUUGGGAACGGAUAAGAAAAGGAGCACAAAGUUUGCUGUUGUUGAAAGUUUCUGUACCAACAGUAACAAAAACAACAACAAGGGAAAAAAUCAAUGGGCCUGAAAGCGCAUCUAGUUCUACCACCAAAACAAGCAUCCAGUUCUGGUGUAUCUGUCAUUCAUUUGUGAUUAACGUGAAAGAUAACCAGUUGAAAGAGAAGUUCAAGGAAAUAUUGGCAUACUGUAAUAAGUGAAAGUAACAAACCACUUCCGACAAUCCCUGCUGACCCUAUCUUCACAUUUGCAAAU